AUCCAUGCUCUCCACCCACAGCGCGUCAAGUCAUAUGUAAAGCGCUUCCGGUCCUGAUGACAUUGAAAAAAGGAUAGUCUAAAAACGUUUGUCAUUUGCAAUUGAAUUGUACAUCGUGCAAUAGGCAUAGAGUUUUUUAGUCUAUGCAUAUGCAAGUAAAAUCAUUGAUCGAUUUGCAAUGUAUAGAUAAUUCGCAAGGCCGAAUUUUAUCACAUUAGAUAGCAAAUAAUUUAGCUCUUUCUAUAUUCUACCCAUGGAAAAAUCUCAACGUACGUCUAGAGACCAACACUUCCACUCCAUUGUCAGUAGGGGGCGACCUCAUUGCAGUUAUGCAAAAACUGCAACGAAAUUCAAACACGGAAAUUACGUCAUAAGCGAAAUCCAAAAGUUGUGAGCAGUACGAGAUCGCGAAGGAUUACAAAUGCUGUGGCAAUAAAAUGACUAGUUUUAUACUUAACGUUACUUAUCUGUACAUAGAGCAGCAUGUUUUAAAGGGGGCAAUGUGGAAGUAUGAUUCGUGUUUGCCAUUUAAUAGGCUGCCCGUAGUGUCUGCUGCUGGGUAGCUUUAGCUUCUUCAUUCAAGCAAAGUUUCCAUUACCAUUUAUAGAGUGGUUGUAAACAUCAAUGGGAAAGUGUAAACGGUGAGUCUUUUCUACGCUGGCACAGAGCAUAAAAUCUUCACUAAAUUAGCCAGUUAGAUCAACAUGACAUCGGACCAGAGAGUGGCCAUUGUUAUGGAAGACAAAAUCUACGAAGUCAACAAGAAACAACUAAUUGAAAAGAGCGAUUAUUUCAGAGCUUUGUACAGCUCCGGUAUGAGAGAGUCCAAGGAGAACUCUGUGCAGUUGCAUGGGCUGAGUGUCGGUGGUCUGGAGAUGGUGAUGGAGUUUAUAAACACGUCCAAAGUGCAGGUUGUCAAUGAGACUCUGGAAGACUUGAUUGAGACGGCCACGUUUCUGCAGGUUAUCCCGAUCCUGAAACAACUAGCAUCUGAGCUCCGGCAGGAGAACUGUGUAAAGGUGUACAGUCUCUCAGAGGUGUACGGGGCUCAUGACUUACGCAUUGCGUGCCUCAAGUACAUGGCCUGCUAUUAUCACCCCAUGCUCAGGCGAUCAGAGUUUAGCUGUCUGCCCGUGGCUGUCAGAGAGCAGGUCAAGGAGAUGCGCAUGAAAGGCACAGCCGCUUUGGUGGUCAUUGGAUACUUCACCUGUCUGUCUAUAGAAGUGCCCAUUCAGGAGGAGCCCUGGUCUAUGCUGAGGUAUGAAGAGGUGGAGCAAAAAUGGAAACCAUUGGGGAACAACCUGCCGCCAGAUAUGAUCAAUGUCCACGGUUAUGGCUGUGCAGUCCUGAACAACUACCUGUUCAUUGGAGGGGGCUACAGGAGCCAAGAGAUCUCUGCAGUGCAUUGCUACAAUCCCUUUAGGAAUGAGUGGAACCAGGUUGCUCCACUAAAUCAAAAGAGGUCAAAUUUCAAGCUUUUAGCAGUUCAAGGAAAACUCUAUGCUGUUGGUGGUCAGUGUCUGAGCACAGUAGAGUGUUACAGCCCUGAGCAGGACUGGUGGACAUUUGUAUGUUCAAUGCCUAACGCUCUGGCUGAGUUUUCUGCCUGUGAAUGCCAGGGCAUGAUUUACGUUAUGGGUGGAUAUACCUCAAAAGAUAGAAACACAAAUGUCUUGCGGUACUGCCCCAGCUCUGACACUUGGACAGUGUUUCGUUCUUGUUCUGCACAUAUUCGUAAGCAACAGAUGCUAUCAGUGGAGGACACCAUUUACCUGGUGGGGGGUUACACUCAUGAGAUGGUGCCAAGGCGGAGGCGGCUCAGUGAGAAUGAGGAUGUGCUGACUGUGCAGUCCUACAAUGUCACCACAGGAGAAUGGCUACAGCUCAAGGAGAACACAUCCAAAUCUGGUCUGAACCUGUCAUGCACACUACAUAAUGACGGCAUCUACAUCAUAAGUCGUGACGCCAGCUUGCCCACAACUUUAGAGUACCGCGUCUUUCUAAAGUACAAUAUCUUCUCUGAUGCCUGGGAGGCUUUCAGAAAGUUUCCUGCUUUAGGACAGAACAUGUUGCUCUGCUCUCUCUACCUCCCCAAUGAAUUAUGAUUUUCAGCUAAGAUUCAGUCUAUGCAACUUUUUCUGUUAUUUGCUAAGUAUAAAAAUGUUGAACACAAAGAUAUCCUAUCCUGGCUCUUCAAAUCCUCUAUCUUCUUCUCUGCGUAUUGUGCUUAAUUACAAGUAGCACAUUAAGCGAACAGCCUAAUUAACUACAUAUAUCUGCACCUGUAUGGGCCACGGUUUUCCUGAUGUUUACACUAUAUUAAGUUUUUCUUUAAUGUAAACUUUAAAGUUUAAAUUAAUUCCAAGUAAAUUGUGUGUUACAUGAACAUGUAUUUAUUAGAUAAAUAUAAAUGGCUUUGCAAUGCCUAAUUAUGAAUAAAACAUAGAAUUUUAACAUCCUGAAAAUAAUCCAGAGGGAAACUGGUACAAUUUUUUCACCUUUCUCUGAGCAGCACUUUAAUGCAUAUGUGCCUUUUUACUUUUUCACUUAACUAAAAUGCAUGCAUUUCAACUAAAAAGACUUGAGAUGUCAUAUGUAUUCCUUGGUUAUUUAAGGGAGUGUGCAAGAAGUAUUGAAUACUAUACAUUUAAACUUUUUUUGUUUGUUUGUUUGUUUACUUUUUAAUUUGUUUUAUUUUAAACACCUUUUCCUUUUCACUUUAACUGCCUUUAUAUUUUGCAAAAGAUGGUAAAGAUUGUAUUGUACUUGGUGACUUGUUGUCAUAAUGGGCUAUGGAUACCAUUUUCAGCUUUUCUUGCAAAUAAAGAUGCUAUUUUUAAAUGG